AAAGGCGAACGACGGAGUUCUUUUCUGUAUGCACCGUGGUUGCGAUUGAGAGCAGAGGAAACCAAGAAUCCAUGGAUGAAUUAGUUGCGUCCGACAACUGGGAGGAGCCAGUCAUCCCUGACCUUCCGGACGAUGUUGCCUUGGAGUGCCUGUUUCGGGUGCCUCACUCCUGCCUCGCCGCCAUGAGGGCGGUAAGCAGGCGGUGGAGGAAGCUAGUCGGCGGCCCCGAUUUCUCCGAGGAGAGGAAGCUCAGGGGCACUGCCGAUGGCUUCGCGUGCUUGGUUCAGCAGCACGCAGCUCCGGCCGCGGGGACCCUGGCGGAGGCGGCACGGACAGGCAGGAAGAGUGCCGCCAGCGGCAGGGGUCCGCCGGUUUACGGGAUCACGCUGUUCGACCCGCGAAGGGGGAGUUGGGAGAGGCUGCAGUACCCGGACGGCCACCAGGGUGGCCUCCCGCUCUUCUGCCAGUGCGUGUCCGUGGCGGGCAAGCUCGUGAUCCUCGGGGGGUGGGACUGCGUCACCUGGGAGGCCACCCGCGGCGUCUCCGUGUAUGACUUCAGGACGAGGCGGUGGUCCAAGGGGAAGGACAUGCCCGGCCCUGCUCGUUCCUUCUUCGCAGCAGCGGUGGCGGAGAGAACGACUAGUGGCGGGGUCGGCGGAAGUGGCGGCAGGGGAUUGGUGUUCGUGGCUGGAGGCCACGACGAGAACAAGAACGCGUUGAGAACAGGGGCGGUGUACGACGUGGGGAGGGACGAGUGGGAAGAGCUCGGGGAGGCGAUGGAGGAGGAGAGGGACGAGUGCGAGGGGUUGAUGGUGGGGAAGGAGUUCUGGGUGGUGAGCGGCUACGGCACCGAAGGGCAGGGCAGGUUCAAGGAGAGCGCCGAGGCCUUCGACACGGAGACAGGGAGGUGGAGGCGCGUCGACGGUGCCUGGGCCGGCGGGGCUUGCCCGAGAUCGUUGUGCCUGGGCGUUGCCGACGGGGACGGUGGCAAUAGCAGAGUGGUGAGCGUCGACGCCGACGGCAGCAACGGAGCAGUGAAAAUGGGGAGGUGCGUGGUGGGCAUGGCAGGAAACUGGGCGCUGGUGACGGGGACGGCACACGAGGGGGCGCCGGUGGGUUGCUGCCUGGUGGACGUGGGUAAGAAUGGGGGAGCUUGGACACGGGUGGAGAUGCCGCCUGAUUUUUCAGGUUUCGUUCAGUCCGGCUGCUUUGUGGAGAUCUGAAGAUACGGCACCGAGUUUGGGUUGAUGGUUUCAUUUUCGGGCUUUCCGUUCUGAAGAAACGACAUCAAGUUUUAUUUGAUGCUUUCGUUUUUCCGGCUUUCCGCUCACUCCCGACCGCUUCGGGUGUGAAAUCUUUUACUUUGUCUGCACCAUCUCUAUAUAUUAGAUUGUA